AUGGAGGCCGUGGUGAAGCAAGAGCUUCUGAGCAACGUGCCGCACUCUUCUUCCCCGAGGCCGCCCAAGGCAGCCGUGCCGCCGGAAUUGGUAAUCGCGCUCGACACCAGCAGCAGUAGUGAGUCGGACUCGGAGGAGAACGAGUCGGCCGUUUCGGGACGCGUGCUGAAGAAGAGGAGGCUGAGCGAGAUGGGAGUGAUUAUGCCGGUUCUGGAUCCUCAGCCGUCGGAGCAGGAUUUGCCGAGGACGCUGACGGCGGCUCCGGCGGCCGGGAAGGGGAUGGUGAGUGUGAAUUACUGUAAGCAGUUCUGGAAGGCUGGGGAGUUUGAGGCGGUGCCUUGUGGCGAUACGGAGUCUUCUGCUGGUGGGAUGGACCAUGUGAGGAUUCAUCCGAAGUUUCUGCAUUCCAAUGCAACCAGCCAUAAGUGGGCACUUGGAGCUUUUGCGGAGCUAUUAGACAACGCAUUAGAUGAGGUUUCCACUGGUGCUACGUAUGUUAUUGUAGAUAUGCUUGAGAAUCAGAAAGACGGAAGCCGAAUGUUGCUGAUUGAAGAUAAUGGUGGUGGGAUGAAUCCAGAUAAGAUACGAGACUGCAUGUCAUUGGGGUUUUCUACGAAAAGCAAAAUUGCAAACACAAUUGGACAAUACGGAAAUGGGUUUAAAACAAGCACCAUGAGGCUUGGGGCAGACGUGAUUGUGUUCUCUCGUUGUUGUGGAAAAGAUGGAAAAAGUGCUACGCAGAGCAUUGGGUUGCUGUCUUACACAUUUUUAAGGAGCACAGGAAAGGAAGAUACUGUAGUUCCCAUGCUUGAUUAUGAAAAACAAGGAACAGAUUGGCAUAGGAUCAGACGAUCCUCUCUAAGUGAUUGGAACAAAAAUGUGGAAACAAUACUUCAGUGGUCACCAUUUUCUACAGAAGAAGACUUAGAUCACCAGUUCUGUAUGAUCAAAAACCAAGGGACUCGAGUAAUCAUAUACAAUCUUUGGGAGGAUGAUGAAGGACAGUUGGAGCUUGAUUUUGAUGUUGAUCGAUAUGAUAUUCAAAUUAGAGGUGUCAAUCGCGAUGAGAAGAAUAUACAAAUGGCUAAACAGUAUCCUAACUCUCGUCAUUUUUUGACCUAUCGGCACUCAUUGAGGAGUUACGCAGCAAUUCUAUAUUUGCGGCUACCCAUCGACUUCCGAAUUAUUCUGCGUGGGAAGGAUGUUGAGCACCACAACAUAGUGAAUGAUAUGAUGAUGUCCCAAAAAGUCACAUAUCGGCCACAGUCUACUACUACUGAUGGGAUCCUCAAGGAUGCAAAUAUGGCUGCUACUGUCACUAUUGGGUUUGUGAAGGAUGCAAAAUAUCAUAUUGAUGUUCAAGGGUUCAAUGUGUAUCACAAGAAUCGACUGAUUAAGCCAUUUUGGAGGCUUUGGAAUGCUGCAGGAAGUGAUGGCCGCGGUGUAAUAGGUCUGUUAGAAGCCAAUUUUGUUGAACCAGCUCAUGACAAGCAAGGGUUUGAGCGUACAACAAUUCUUUCAAGACUCGAGGCAAAACUAGUGCAGAUGCAAAAGACAUACUGGUCUACUAAUUGUCAUAAAAUUGGAUAUGCUGCACGGCGUAAUAAGAAGGUCAAUGCUGAAGAUAAAGAGAUUUCCCCUGAUUUUCUUUCUGAAAGAGACGGUAUCACGUCAGGUGGCAAGAGACCACAUUCACUUUCAGACACAUUCCGUUCAAAAACAGCUGACAAUGGACAUGGGAAUAUGCAUGUAUCCGGUAAAGGAAAAAGUACAGUGCAAACCCAAUCAAAGCUGACAACAAGAUCUGAGGAAGAAUCAAGCUCUUCUGAAGAAACACUACCUUUGCCACCCAAUGUUAGGGGUGACAACGUGCAUAAACAAGUCAACGGUGGUAGGGAAUCUAGGGACAAGGACAUACAUGUUGCUGUAUGUGACAAGCAAGCGAAUGGCAGUAUUCAUAAGCCAAAUACUGCUAUGCAUUAUUCUGGAAAAGGUGGUCAAGCAGUGACUGAAUUAUCUUCAGAUAUGGAAGAAACUGAAACCCGACAAGAGUGUACGCCAUGCCGAGGAACCAGUGUAUCAGCCACAAAAUCCAAGUCAAAGGAAAAUGAUUUUAAUUUGGAGGAUUUGAGCAUUGUGCAACGAUUGAGAAAGGAGAAUCUUGAACUGAAAGAAAAAUUGAAAAAACAGGGCACAGGGGCUGCCGCUGGAUUGCUGAAGGAUUUUCUGCUGGAAAGGGAGAAGAACACGACACUUGAAACUAAGCUGCAAGAAGCAGAAAAACAGAUCGAGUUCUUGAACAGGGAACAAGAUAGUCUAAUCAAUAUAUUCGCGGAAGAGAGGCAGCGACGAGAUGAUGUAGAGAACAAGUUGAGAGGGGAGCUGCAGGAUGCGUCUGAUACUAUUCAAGAGUUGAUUGAAAAGAUAAGGGAGCUGGAAAGGAAGAAGCCUCCUAAGAUGGAACGGUAGCGUCAUCGGUAUAACGUGAAGUUCUAGGACAGUAGAUUGCAACUCAUUCCAUGGUUGAGCUGAUGACUUAGGUAAAGUGUAAUUCGACCCAGAAAGUAGUGUAAUGUAGAUCGUGAUCAUUGUUCACAUAGAUGGUGAACUACAGGUCUUUGAUUGUGGACCUCUUAAUGCUCUAGCUGUAAAAAUUUGCCAAUGGAAAUGGACGGAAUCUGGGUCGAUUUGUCGUUAUGCUCGUCGGCAUGUAUAUAAUGGAUUGGGCCUCAAGAGACUAUUGGAUGUUGGA